UCUAACACCACUUGCUUUCUCCUUCCUCCCCCUCGUUUCUUUCUCUUUUUUAAGUGAUAUAGCAGAAACAUUCUGAUGAAAGCAUAGCAUCCAAACACUGUUGCAGAUUUAGAGGUGUAUCAAGAUUAAAGAAAAUAAAAAUGGGUUCUACUGCUGACAACCAAAAUCCUUGGUCACCAUAUAGCACCUAUAAAGAUUGUUCACAAGGAAUUUGUAGCGUCUAUUGUCCACAAUGGUGUUACAUCAUUUUCCCUCCUCCGCCUCCUUUGUCACUCGGUGAUGAUGCUUCUAAUACUGAUUUAUCCCCUCUUACUAUAGCAUUUAUCGGCAUCCUGGCAAGUGCUUUCAUCUUGGUAACUUACCACACUCUCGUUUCCAAGUACUGUAGUCGGCGAGGUCAUGGCAAUGAUACCACUGAAUUGAAUGACAAUCAAGAUCAGAUGGGAAAUGAAGCAUCGCAAGGUAUCCCAGGUGGACUAGAUGAGGCAGUUUUAAAGUCUAUCACAAUUUGCAAGUACAAGAAAGGUGAUGGUUUCGUUGAAGGCACAGAUUGCUCAGUCUGUCUUGGUGAAUUUCAAGAAAACGAGAGCUUAAGGCGUUUGCCAAAGUGCAGCCAUGCAUUUCAUCUCCUUUGCAUUGAUACAUGGCUCAAAUCUCAUGCAAGUUGUCCUCUAUGCCGUGCCAAUAUUGCUGAUCCCGCUAAUGUUUUGCCUAGUGCUCAAGCACCACCAGCUGUGCCGGUCCAAGAAAAUCUGCCAAGCUCUAAUGCUUCAACACUUCAAUACCAACAAAGGACCAGUGAUGCUGUUUUAGUGAUUCAAGAUUUAGAAGGGAGUGUUGGGCAAGAGGGUAGUGAUGAUACACCCAGGACUCCAGUUAAUCAAGAUCUUGAAAGUAUUAUGGAAGCAAAUGAUCCGAUCCAACCAAUUAGAAGGUCAGUUUCACUGAGUUUUUCUCUCUGUCAAAACCAGAUUUCCAUUGCUGAUAUAUUACGGAUCAGUGAAGAAGAUGAGGAUGGUGAUGGAGUUGGCAUCUUGAAUUUAGUUACCAGUCCAUUUCUACAGGAAGAUUUAUGUUCACAAGGAAGAUUUACGUUCUAUGAUUUCAAAUUGAUGAGCAUAUAGCUUUUUCCUCGCGUUCAAUUUCAUCUCUUUUUUGUAACUAAUAUAUUAAAGCUCCCAAAUAUAGAGAUCUGGCAUUCAAAA